CGUUUCAACUUUCAAACAUGCUAGGAUGUUAAGAUUUUUCCUCAAUUUAUUAAGAAAAAUAAAUUAGUUUUUUUAAAGCAAGUGGUAAUUUGAAACAAUGCAAAACAAAUUAAGUACACCAAAAUGGAUGAACAGAGGCGCUAGGAUUGAGUCAUCCAUUCUGUAAAGGUGUUUGUAUUUUUUAUUUAUUACAGAAUUUAACCGACGCUAUUGACAUGCCCUUAAUAAUAGUUAUGUUAAACUCGAGAUCUAUCGUCUUAGUCUUUACGUGAUUUUGUAUCUGUACUAUUUGUCGUAAGAAAAUACCUCAAGAAGACAUACGCCAAGCUAAGAAAGAAAGCAAAUAGAAAUAAUCUAUACGGUAAAGAAUGAAAAAUUUUAAUAACACGUUUUACCGCAGAAAAUUAACCACACCCCUCACGGUAACCCCACCUGACAGGGCAGAAAAAAAAGGAAGAACCAAAAACGGCAUGUGUAAAAAUCGGCGAUGCAAAAUAAUUCCGCCAGAAAUCCCCUUUUUUUUUCUACCCGCGCGCGGCAUUACCCGCCCGUCGGUACCCACCCCAGUCCCGCUCGUUCUCUCUCCCGUUUCCUUCUCUGCCGCAACCAUCCCCUCCCCUUCCGACGGCGCCGCCUCUCCCUUCCUCUCUCCCCUCCCUCCCCCAGUCUUGCGAUCCCCUCCAAACCUUCCAUGCCGCAGCCGUUGGUGGUGUUCCCAUGGCUGGCAUUCGGCCACAUCAUCCCCUUCCUUGAGCUCUCGGAGCAGCUAGCCAAGCGCGGCCACUUCGUCACCUUCGUCUCCGCCCCGAGGAACCUCGCCAGGCUUAGGCCCGUCGUCCCGGAGGUCAGGCCACGCAUCCGCCUCGCGCCACUGCUCCUGCCGCGCGUCGAGGGCCUCCCGGGCGGCGCCGAGUCGACGGCCGACGUGCCGCCGGAGAAGGUCGAGCUCCUCAAGGUCGCCUUCGACGGCCUCGCCGCCCCCUUCGCCGCCUUCCUCGCUGGGGACUGCGCCGGCGGGGAGGCCGGAGAGGGGCACGGCAGGAAGCCAGACAGGAUCGUCCUCGACUUCGCGCAGCACUGGCUCCCGCCCAUCGCCGACGAGCACGGUCUCCGGGCCACCCUCUGCACCGCACGGUCUCGGGCCUCGCUGCCGCCGCCGCCGUCGAUCUUCCCUCCUCCGCGAGGCCUCCACCGCCGAGCCGCCGUCCACGGUCCUCUCCAUCCAGCUCUGACAAACGACGCCUGGGCGCUCGGCCUCGCGGCGUGGGAGGAGGCCACGGCCUUCACGAGGGCCCGCGGCGCGCGCGUCCCGCGGCUGCCCCACGCCCCACCGCAUGGCCGACGAGGCGACGACGCCUGGGCGCUCGACCUCGCAGCGUGGGAGGAGGCCGCGGCCUUCGCGGGGGGCCCUUAGCGCUGCUCGCGAGCGGCCGUUUCUCGGCGGCGCAUUUGGCCUCGGUGUCGCCGGUGCUGGCGAGUAUCCUCGAGCGCCGCCUGCACAAGGACAGGGAGAGCGGCAAGGUCAGCCAGUCCAUCGUCCGGAUCCACGGCGUCACUGACGACGCCGCGGCCGCGUUCGUCCGCCUCCUCGACGCCGGUAGUUGGAGCAUUGGGCUGUCAAGAUGGCAUAGUCUGGAAGACUUUUUUUUUCCUUUUCUUAAGGUCUGUCUUGAUGUGUUUCGUAUAUGUGACUAAAUUUGGGAGAUCUGAAUGGUGAAUCUUCAAGGCGCUCGACUUCUGCAAUAGACCAAUAACGGAGUGGUUAAGUGGAGGUGUGAAAUACGCAUAUCCAGGGUUUAUAAAUUCAAUAAUAUGCAUAUAUGAAUGGUACUGAUGAUUAGCUGAUUUGUGUUUAGAAGGGACAGUAGUUAUAUGCUGCUGAUUCGAUUGUGAAACAUUCUUAGAUUGAUACCACAAAGAAAUGAGAUACAAUGUAUAUGGCAUUAUCAACAUCUUGCUUAAAUCUGAAAUGUUUCUGUGGUCUAAUCUUAAACUAUGCAAGACUAUGCAGGUUCAUAUGGUGAUACCUGCAGAUUAUGUUGGAGACCAUAUUUUGCAGAAGCAUCAUGAAUAGUAUGUACGAGGUAUAAGUCUUUUUGAUUCAGUUACUAGCAUGAAAGCAGUAGACAACUAACAUCCUUUUUUCUCAACAAAAUAUGGUAGUUAGUGAAUUUAAUAUAAGAAGUGUGGUACUGGUCGUUUUUGUGUUUUUAAUUAAUGUAAUUGAGUCUUCAAAUAUCGUUGGUUACUAAAUUUUUUGACCUGUGGAAUCUUAGUGCUAUUGAAAGUUUUGUUAAUUGUAAUAUAAUUUUUUGGUCGGUUCUAUCUAUUUAAAAAGAUGAAACUAGCAGGAUAACAGUGGACACUAAAAUGCAGACCAUCUAAAAUGCUUACCAUAAUUAGUUUUGUUAUUGCUAUUUUCUAAAAUGAUUGUUUAUAAGAAGUUAUCCUCGUUUGCCCUCUGAUCAGACUGGGAGCAGGCCACUGCAACUGGGCAGGUCAUGGCUCCAUUCACAUAGUCUUCCUCAAUUCAAGAAAAUUUGGUGUACUUUCCUUUUUUGAUUAUAUUCUCAAAUUCAAAGUUACACUUUGUGGGAUAUAACUGGGAUUUGAGAAAUUUAGGCCAUUCUCUACAGUUUGCUUGCCAGUUCAUUGCAUGAGUAGAGGAGAGCGGUGAGUACGAGUUGGCUGGGGUUCAGAGGUUCACAUAGUUGCUGGUAUUCCCUACGGCGGGAUACCAGCCUGCUGCUUAUUUUUCACGUGUUGUCGGAGGUGUGUGACGCGAUCUGAUUUGAUUUGUCUAAUUGCAUCCUUUGAUUGCUGAUUUGGCGUUUGAACCAGAUCCUGAUUAAUGAGCUAAUCGUCAUAUCUCGACAUCACAGGCUAGCAGGUGCGGCUAAAUUUGUCUUUCUCUCCAUAUGAUUUGAUUCCAAAUCAGUUUGGAUGGAAAUAUAUACAAACAUACCAUAGUAGUCUUUGUUGUUCUAUUAUGGUUUAUCUAUUUUCAAAUAUGAAUCUCUAUAUCUGAACCUUACAUUGUAAUGUGUUGAAUUCGUGCAAUUUUUAGACUACUGCUAGCUCUUGACAUGA